UUUCCUCCUGAUCCUCUUCAUUGGCCAUGGCCAUCGCACUAUCUUCUUUCAACAUUUUCUUCACAUUUCUUCUUGUCUCUACUUUCCAUCUGGGGUUUUCUUUUUCUGCAUUGCAAGAAAACCAUAGUAAUGGCACUUAUUCUGGCCAAAUCAACUCAAACUCCGUUCUUGUAGCCCUUCUCGACUCCCAUUAUACAGAACUAGCUGAACUCGUUGAAAAAGCACUUCUUUUACAAACCCUUGAAGAUGCUGUUGGUAAACACAAUAUCACCAUCUUUGCUCCUAAGAACGAAGCUCUUGAACGCGAUCUUGAUCCUGAAUUCAAGAGGUUCUUGCUUGAACCUGGCAAUCUCAAGUCUCUCCAGACUCUUUUACUUUACCACAUUGUACCCAACAGAAUCAAUCCUAGCCAUAACUCUUCUCUUCAACAUCACAGCACUUUGUGCCGCGAUAGAGUCAAACUCAGCAGUCAGGAAUCCGGCGAGAAGUUAAUAGAUUCGGCGAAAAUCAUUCAGGUGAAUGCAGUGGAGAGGCCAGAUGGAGUGAUUCAUGGGAUAGAAAGGUUGCUAAUCCCACGAUCUGUUCAGCAGGAUUUCAACAAUCGCAGGAGUUUGCAAUCAAUCUCAGCUGUGAAACCAGAAGGAGCACCAGAGGUUGAUCCAAGAACACACAGGUUGAAGAAACCAGCACCACCAGCAAAACCCGGUUCAGCCCCGGUGCUACCAAUCUAUGAUGCAAUGGCGCCCGGCCCAUCUCUUGCCCCAGCUCCAGCUCCUGGUCCGGGUGGACCUCAUCACCAUUUCAAUGGAGAAAAACAAGUUAAAGAUUUCAUUGAAACCCUUCUUUUAUAUGGAGGAUACAAUGAAAUGGCUGAUAUUCUUGUGAAUCUAACAUCAUUAGCAACUGAAAUGGGAAGAUUGGUCUCUGAAGGGUAUGUGCUAACAGUUUUAGCCCCAAAUGAUGAAGCAAUGGCUAAGCUUACAACGGACCAGUUGAGUGAGCCGGGAGCACCAGAGCAGAUAAUCUAUUACCAUGUGAUACCUGAGUAUCAAACUGAAGAAAGCAUGUACAAUGCUGUUAGAAGAUUUGGGAAAAUUUCUUAUGAUACAUUAAGAUUGCCGCACAAGGUUUUGGCAGAAGAAGCUGACGGGUCUGUGAAAUUUGGACACACUGAAAAUUCUGCUUAUUUGUUUGAUCCUGAUAUUUACACAGAUGGGAGAAUUUCGGUUCAAGGGAUUGAUGGGGUUUUGUUUCCAUUAGAGGAGAAGGAGAAAUCGGAGACCAAAAAGGAAAUUAAGAGCGUUAAGGUUGCUGUUAAGCCACAAAGGAGAGGUUGCUUGAAGUGGCUUGCCGGAUGCUUGGGACAUUUGGACAAGAUUCACAUUUCACCACAUGCCAGUAAAUAAAGACUCCCUUGUACCAAAAGGAAAACUUCAAAGAAGGAUAAAGGUGAGCUACUGAGAUCAUGUAAAGUCCUUGUAUCUGAAUUUUCUUCUCUGCGAGCAGGGUUCUAGUUUAUCACAGGGGAAGCCUACAACCAAGAGAUGAAGAGGUGGGAUUAGUAAGGAAAAGCAUUUGGAUUAUGGUGUGAUGAUUAUGUACUUGAUGUUUUUGUGUUGCUCAAAUUCGAUGAUUGCAUAGAAGGGAAGGGUCACUGUCUUAAGUUUCAGAUACCAUUAAGAAUGCCCAGGAUUUUUUUUUCUUUUUUUCUUGUAUUUUUUAUGCGUGUCAGAUAUGGUGGUGCUGAGCUGUUUACUGUUGGUUGGUGGGAAGGAGAAAGCCAUGGAGGGCAAGGAUUUUAUGUGGGUGGGCUUCCCACUGCAAUAAAGAGAGUAGGCAGAAAUAUGUGGGGGUAAUAAAAUAAAGUAUUUUCUCUGUGCUCGUGUACAAUCAGAGGAAGGAAAAUUGUAAUUAAUUUUUGUGCAA